UACGUACAAGAAAUGAUACAAGAAAAUGUAUACAAGAAACGAUAUCAGAAACGAUAUUAGAAAUGAUACAAGAAAAUGCAUAGUGUCAUACAGCCUUUAAAACCAUUUUGGUAGCUAGAAUCAUACCAUAGAAAGCUAUGUCAAUGGCUAGAACAGUAGAAAAUUAUAACCUAAAAAGAAGGUAGAAUUAGGUUAAGUUGUAUUUAACUUUAUUUUGAUUUUUUACACGUGUAUCGGUGUAUAAGUAAAAUGGGAAAAGUUAAAAAAACCAAAGAAAAACCUGGCGUGGCCCAAGAGGAAGCAUCAGUGGUUCCUCCUGCAGUUCGUCAAUCUGAUGAUCCAGUUGAUACAAAGAGAAAAUGGAUAAACAAACAAAGAGUGCUCGUUUUUGCAUCUCGAGGAAUAAACCACAGAGAUCGGCAUCUUAUGGAAGAUAUAAAGAAGUUAAUGCCUCACCACAAACCAGAGGCAAAAAUGGAACGCUCAAAGACACUUUCUGUUAUCAAUGAGAUGUGUGAAAUGAAGAAUUGUAAUAAAGCUGUGAUGUUUGAGGGUAGAAAGAAGAGAGAUUUAUAUUUAUGGUUAUCAAAUACACCCAAUGGUCCUAGUGUGAAGUUUUUAGUUCAAAAUGUUUAUACAAUGGAGGAACUCAAGUUAACUGGAAAUUGCUUAAGAGGCUCCAGACCAAUACUUAGUUUUGAUCCUGUGUUCACAGAAAAACCACAUUACAGUCUCUUAAAGGAAUUGCUUACUCAAACAUUUGGAGUUCCCAGGCAUCAUCCCAAAAGCCAACCAUUUUUUGAUCAUGUAUACACUUUUACUGUGCUUGAUAAUAGAAUUUGGUUUAGGAAUUUUCAGAUAUUGUCUGAAGAUGGAGCCUUAGCGGAAGUGGGGCCUAGAUUUGUAUUAAAUCCAGUAAAAAUAUUUUCUGGGAGUUUUGGAGGUGUGGCUCUAUGGGAAAACGCAAGUUACAUGAGUCCUGCAAGGUACAGGAAUCAAGUUAGAAUUGCUGCUAAAAAUAAAUAUGUCAACAGAAUCCAACAGAAGGUUCAUGCAGAAGCCACCAGGCCAACAGAAAGUUAUAAGAUGAGACCGCUUGAUGAUAUAUUUCAAGGAAAUCCGUUAGAUAAAGCACAAGAAUAUAAGAAACAGGAAGUUGAAAAUGAGGAAGCCCAAACAGCCAUUAUUAAAGAAGUAAAAAAUAAAAAGAAGAAGAAACUAAAGGGUAUAACUAAAGAAAAUGGGACCAAUACUGGUAAAACACUAUUAAAGAAGAUUAAACAAAAUAAAAAGGCAAAUGAUGGUAAUUUAGUAAAAACUAAGAAAAGUAGCAAUUCUAUAGUUAAAGCUAAAAAUAAGAUAAAUAAAGGGAAAAAGGGUAAAAUAGGAAUAAAAGUAAAAAUAAACGGACUGGCUAAGAAGUCUCCUCAGAAGUAACACCAUUGGUUAGGUUUAAAUGUUAUACAUAAAUAAAUUUUUUUUUGAUAUUGA